AUGACGGAAUUGGAUGAUACAUUUUUGAGAAACAUGAAGGGACUCUUCAGGUCAAAUUCCGACAAGAAGAAUUUAGCAGAUCCCUUCACAGAAAUUGCAUUUGCUGGGGAGAAGGUACUCACAAAAAUAAUCAAAGACAGCUGCAGUCCCAUAUGGAAUCAAGCCAUCACUCUACCUAUGAAGUUGCCAUCAAUGUGUGACAACAUUAGGCUAAGAGUGUAUGACUGGGACAGAGCAAAUAAGAAUGACUUAGUGGGAACAGCCAACUUGGCCCUGUCCAAGAUUUCUUUACCACCUACUGGUUUGGAAGGGACUGGGCUACAAGAAGGCUUUUUACCGACCUUUGGACCAAGUUAUAUCAACUUUUAUGGAAGUCCAAGGGAGUUCAAACGCUAUCCCGACCACUAUGAUGAGCUGAAUUAUGGAAAUGGAGAAGGUGUAGCGUAUAGAGGAAGAAUCUUAGUGGAGCUCACCUCUAAGUUAUGUGACUCCACAAAGAUGAUAGAAGACAUCUCUAAUCAGGAUGUGCUUGCGGUUGAGAGAUACCAGUACAAGCGGAAAUACAGCCUGUGUGCUGUAUUCCAUUCAGCUACUAUGCUGCAAGAUGCCAGUGAAGCCGUGCAAUUUGAAGUGAGCAUGGCCAAUUAUGGCAACAAAUUUGACCGCACGUGUAAGGCAUUGCCAUCAACAACACCGUACAGGCAACCUAUAUUUGAUGGCGACUUCUACUAUUACCUACCAUGGUAUGCCUCAAAGCCUGUAGUGGCGUUAACAUCUUAUUGGGAAGAUAUAAGCCACCGUCUGGAUGUAGUUAAUAUUCUUACUGCCCUGACGGAUCGACUACAAUCUGGCGUAUCUUCCAUGAAAUCAGCGCUACAAGCAAACCUUACCGAGACAGAAGUGGUUUCUAUAUUGCAGAAUUUAUUAGACCAGCUUAUUGAAGAUGCUGGGAAACCACUGCCUUCUAUGGAAGGAAAGAAUAAUGUUAAUGAGUUAGAUAUGCACCGGCGAAAACUUCAGCAGUCUGUCCUAACCCAAAUGAAGGCGGCAGCUGCUAAUAUAAGAAGGGAAGUAACCGAUGUAAAAUCAACUCUGCCUGUGAUUGAGGAAUGGAUAGACAGAUUACAACAUCUGUCUGAAGAGCCACAGAACAGUAUGCCAGACAUCAUCAUCUGGAUGAUAAAGGCAGAAAAGAGAGUGGCUUACGCCCGUAUCCCUGCCCAUCAGAUCCUCUUCUCCAAGACCAGAGAAGAGGCAUGUGGCAAAUUCUGUGGAAAGAUACAAACCGUAUUUCUAAAGUUCCCUCUCGACAAACAGGAAGGCAGACUUGUUCCAGUUCAGCUGCGUGUAAACCUCUGGCUGGGACUGUCUGAAGCAGAGGGAGACUUUAUCAACUCCGUGCCAGGGACCUUUAGGGUCCAUGCAGAAAUGUAUGAGAAUGAAUCACGGAUAUCAGGUAGAUGGAGCUCCAGAUUCCUGCUUAAUCACCACAAAUUCUCUGAUGCCACCGGAACUAUUAAGCUAAGAAAGAAAAGCUUUGUAGUUCCCGAAGGCUGGAAAUGGGAAAGUGAUUGGCAAGUGGACAAUGAAAGGAGCUUACCAAAUGAAGAUUAUAAUGAGCACCUAGAAAUUACAGAAGAAUUGUUUGAAAAUGAGAGGCGGCUUCCAAAUGGAAAAUGGCAAAAAGAAGAAUUUACUAAUGCUAAUGGUGAAAAAUCUUCUUCACCAGAUAAGGUUGACUGCCCUCAUGGAUGGAUCUGGGAUGAUGAUACAUGGAAAUCUGAUGUUAACCGGGCUGUGGAUGAAAAUGGUUGGGAAUAUGGAAGAGCUUCCACUCCCGAUAACCAGCCACAGCACUGGGUUUCAUCAGAGAAGACAUAUCAUACCCACCGACGCCGAAGACUGGUGCGCAGGAGAUCUAAACUCUCUACUCCCAAAGAGGAGGUUAUACCCCCAAAGAAAGACAAAGGAUGGGAGUAUGCUGGAGUGUCAGGCUGGAGAUUUCAUAUGAAGAAAUGCAGCACUGACACAUUCCGUCGAAGGCAUUGGAUAAGGACUUUGGUCUCUUGUGGUCAACAGGAUGUGUCUUCCAUAUUUAACCUGGAAGGCAAUCUUAUACAUGGAAAUGAACUAAAAGAAGGCGAAAACGACUCUAAAGACAACACAAGAGACUUUUACAGGGAGCAUGUUCCUUUUGUUUCCUGUAAAUUUGACAGAGUUUACAAGUACCAUCUUAGAUGUUACAUGUAUCAAGCUCGUGGUCUCACCCCAAUGGACAGAGACAGCUUUUCAGAUCCAUAUGCUCAUGUCUCUUUCCUAUACCUAAGUAAGAGGACAGAAAUUAUUACUUGUACUCUCAAUCCAACGUGGGACCAAACACUCGUCUUUAGCGACAUUGAAAUUUGUGGAGAGCCCCGUGAAAUUGAACAGAAUCCCCCUAUCAUUGUUAUUGAAAUAUAUGACAGUGACCCAGGGGGAGAAGACGAUUUCCUUGGCCGGGGUUUAUUUUUCCCAAUGGUGAAGCUGGACCCAAAUAUAAAGGAUACGCCAAAACUGUUAUGGAGUCCAAUUACAAACGGAAAAAGACACUGUGGCGACAUUCUUGUGGCCGCAGAACUUUUCCUUCUAGAACAUGACGGAUGCAUUCUCCCUGUUCUUCCAACGGAGUGUGCACCAAAUGUUUAUAUGGUACCAGAGGGAAUUCGGCCUGUGCUUCAGCUGACUUGUAUUGAGGUACUUACUUGGGGCCUACGAAAUAUAAGUCAUUUGGAAUCUGCAAGAGCCUCAAAUCUUAUUGUUGAGUGCGGUGGAGAAACAGUUGAAACUGCAAUAACUGGAGUAUUGGGAAGGAAUCCAAGCUUCCAGAGUGCAGUUCUCUUCUUAAAAGUGUAUUUGCCACAAGAAGAAAUGUACACUCCACCCAUCAUUAUUAAAGUUAUAGCCAAUAGGCAUUUUGGAAGGAAAGAAGUUGUAGGGCAAUGUACUAUUGAGCAGCUGGAAGACUUCAGCUGUGAUCCCUACACUACGAAUCAAGAUGAUCCUCCAGACCUUAGAGUUGCACCUAUCACUACUUAUCCUGCUACUGUGAUAGACGUGGAAGGUGCAAAAGAAACUCUACUGGCUAAAGAGGAGGAAGAUGAUGUCGAUUGGUGGGCAAAGUUCUUUGUGUCCAAAGGAGAACUUGACAAGUCUGACCUGUACAAUACCCUAAUGGUGUACAACUGUGAGUUAGAGAGAGUCCCAGAGUUCCUCGGACUUACAGAUUUCUGUCAGACAUUCACACUGCAUACAGGAAAGGCUAAACAUGAUGAAGAGCCAAUGGUUGCAGGAGAAUUUAAGGGAUCAUUCUGUAUUUAUCAGCUUCCAGAGGAUCCAGAUGCCCCACUACCUCCACAGCACUUCCGUGAAUUGCCUGAUAGUGGGCCUCAGGAGUGCAUAGUGAGAGUAUAUAUAGUGAGAGGCAUAGACCUGCAGCCAAAGGAUAACAAUGGAUUGUGUGAUCCUUAUAUUAAACUGAGCCUGAACAAAAAAGUGGUUGCAGACAGAGAAAACUACGUACCCAACACACUGAAUCCAGUGUUUGGCAGAAUGUACGAGUUAAGCUGCAUUUUACCACAAGAGAAAGAUCUCAAGAUCUCCGUUUAUGACUACGAUGCUCUAUCCGGAGAUGACAAAGUUGGUGAAACAACUAUAGAUCUUGAAAACAGGCUCCUUUCAAGAUUUAGAAGCCAUUGUGGACUUCCAGAAACCUACUGCACAUCUGGAGUAAAUCAAUGGCGAGAUCAGUUGAAGCCAACUGAAAUUCUACAGAGUUUGGCCAGAUGUAGAGCUUUACCGCCUCCUGUGUAUGAAGAUGACGGAAGAACCCUGAUAUUUUCAGGGAUGCGGUAUACUUCAGCAAGUACUGAAAAAGAACACAUCGGGCCAAUAAAUGAAUGUCUUGCUUUACAAGUCCUUCGUAAUCAAGGACUAGUUCCAGAGCAUGUUGAGACGAGGACAUUGUACAGCACUUGUCAACCCGACAUUCCACAAGGAAAAGUGGAAAUGUGGGUUGAUAUAUUUCCAAAAAGCUUAGGACCUCCAGGACCUGCUGUCAAUAUUACUCCUCGCAAACCUAAGCGGUUUGUUCUACGCGCAAUAGUCUGGAACACCAAAGAUGUCAUCCUUGAUGAUGUAAACGUCUUUGGAGAGAAUAUGAGUGACAUAUAUGUCAAAGGGUGGCUUGAUGGCAUUGAAGAAGAUAAACAAAGAACGGAAGUACAUUACAGAUCAAUGGAUGGAGAAGGCAACUUCAAUUGGCGAUUUGUCUUCCCAUUUGAUUACCUUCCAACAGAACAAAAAUGCAUCAUUUCUAAAAAGGAGCAUAUAUGGAGUCUUGAUGCAACAGAGAUUAAACUGCCACCUAAACUUGUUGUUCAGAUAUGGGAUAAUGAUAAGUUCUCCAGAGAUGACUUUAUAGGAUGUCUCGAACUAGAUCUAAACAACAUUAUAAUGCCAGCACCAGAACCAGAGAAGUGUACUCUGAAGCUAAUGGACAAUCCUCAAAUGGUUUCUUUGUUUAAAAAGAAAUCCAUGAAAGGAUGGUGGCCGUGCUAUGUAGAAGAUGAUGAAAAUUAUGUUCUAACAGGCAAAGUUGAAAUGACGUUGGAGAUCCUUACAGAAAAAGAAGCAGAAGAAAGGCCAGCUGGCAAGGGGAGAGAUCCCCCAAAUACAAAUCCAACUCUGAGUGAACCAAUACGUCCAGAAACUUCAUUCCUUUGGUUCCAGAACAUAUUCAAGACAUUCAAAUUUAUUGGAUGGCGUCACUGCUCUGCGUUACUUAAACGAAGAGAAGUCGUGAUUGCAGUCGUUGUUGUGCUUUUCGUAUUGUUCGCCCUCUUCUUCUUGAAGUUUAUCCUGGUAAGUUAUUCUUUUUUAGUAUUUCUAUUUAAUACUUUUAACUUUUCAGUUCAUUUGUAAUGGGGUUAUUUGCCUUUGAAAUAUUUACUCAUAUUGAUGUUUGGAUUUCUUAAUGGCACUGUAAGCAAAAAUUGUAAUUGGAUGGAGGCUAACU